AUGCACACGGCGAAAUUGUCUUUGGUUGCGCUGAGCAUUUUUUUCCUCCUCUUUUCUUUGGCCAAUGCCUGGGCCAUUUCGAACACGCCGGCAUCGCGGCGCCAAAUCGUGCCACAGCCAUUGAAACUUGACUUUGAGGUUCUGAAUAGAGUUGGAGAUCUCUCUGCCCACGAGUAUUGGUCGCAGAUGCAGAAGUAUCGCAAGCGGUCCGUGUAUGGGUUGGACAUCCAGAACCACAACGACAUUAGCUACUUGCUCAACAUUUAUAUGGGUGCCGAUCGCCAGAAGGCAACUGUGGUUCUUGACACUGGGUCUUCACAUCUUUGGUUGAUGCAAAACGACACAGGAUUCGGCAGCUUCAAUCCUAGCACGUCGUCAUCGGCCAGAAAGACAGCCCUGAACUACCUGAGUGGGUAUGCCGACGGUACGAAAUCGCUUGGGCUCUACUAUGAAGACAUCUUUCGCUUUUUCAAGACGGAUUUCCGUGGAUCCGUGACUUUGAACGACUUCCAGUUUGGCGUCGUGGAGACGAAAGCAACGGGAAUGGCAGGCAUUCUAGGCGUGGCAGACCGUGUGCACGAAAAGAGCCCCGAACUUACCAAUAACAACUUGAUCUGGGCAUUGAAAGAGGCGGGCUAUAUUGCCAAGGCGUCCUUCUCGUUGUAUCUCAACUCGCGGACAUCCAAAUAUGGGUCUGUGAUUUUCGGCGGCAUAGAUACAGAGAAGUACGAAGAUCUCUUGGCUGUGUAUCCUCUCGAUACUUCGAUCGGAGGCCUUGCGGUCCGGGUGGAGUCCAUUGAUGUGGAUGGGAAGCCGUUCUAUGCCAAAUCGUCCUAUCUUUUGGAUCUGGGCACGUCGUUGGGCUUUGUUUCCAAGGAAGUGCAAGACCACUUGGACGAACUAUUUCAGCCUACCCUUGUCGAGCUCGGAGGUAUAGUGUACCGUGAAGUGGGGUGUAACCAGCCUCCCAACAAGUACUUUACCUUUGACUUUGGCUCCAACAAGGUCCGUUUUUCCUACAAAGAUGCCGUCAGCAGACAAGGCAACAAAUGUUACUUGGGAUUCACAUACCACAACGGGAUGCAGAUCUUGGGUGACAUCUUCUUGAGACAAGCGUACGUGUACUUUGAUCUUUCAGGGAAAACCGUUUCUAUUGCGCAGGCAAAGUAUACCGAAAGCUCCAAUGUCAUUGUGGCAUGA